AUGCACAGCGACGCUUCAAUGCGCAGCGACGCUUCAAUGCGCAGCGACGCUUCAAUGCGCAGCGACGCUUCAAUGCGCAGCGACGGUACCGUCCAUCGACUCGCCGCGGGGAUGGCCAACGCCGUACUGGCUGAUACACCAUCUACUGGCGAUGCCCCUCCGGCCGGUUAUGUCUCUCCUGAACAAUCUGAACAAUCCAUCGACGUCUUUGAUGAAUCGGAUUUCAGAGUGGACGUCCGCAUACAGGAGCGAAUCAAGGUUGGCGCGAAGAUCGAACGAGCCAUCGUGGUCAGUGCCAAAGCCGACAUAUUCUGGGGUCACUUAGCCUUCCUGAAGCCCGAAUUUGAAUGCCUCGCUGGCAGCAUUUACGUCAGGGGAACAUCGCGUCAGCCCUUCAAGGCUCCCACGAAUGUAGAUGGACGAGUUUACGCGGUCUUCGGGGACAUUUCCUUCGACGUUCCGCUCGAAGUGCUCCGCAGGACUCUCAAUGGUCAAACAUAUUACCAGAUUUGGGUCAGACACAAUGCAUGGCCGGAUCACAACCUCGCGGGGGAGCUCGCAGGAGAAGUCACCGUGGAGCCCGAGAAUGUGGUACUCCGUCCUAUGUCCCACGAGUCACGGCAAAUCUACGAAAAGCUGAAGGCUGAUCCUGUGUUCAGUAGGGAUUUCCCAAAUUGA